AUGCCCUUGUCUGCAAAGCUUUGGUAUACGCUUCAGUCACUCGUAGCCUGUUACAUACAUGACUGCCCUCUUGGAAGUAAUCUCUUCUGCAAUAACAAAAGAUCAAGGAUAUCAGGACUAUUGCUCUUCGACUUGAGGCUUUCCAUUCUUGAACAAGGAAUGAUUAUCAUCCAGCCACAACAAAGGGGACUAAGAAAACAGAAACAUAUGAGUUGCAGAGUUCAAAAGGUUGAAGUGAGCAGUGAGGUAUACAAAAGAACCCUAGUCCUCAACUCCGGAGUCCGGAGACUUCAAAGAUUCUACUCUUAUUCUUCAAUGAUUCUCUCAAUGCACAGACCAAAGAUUCCCACAUUUUUCUAUUCAAUGAGUCUUCCACGAACACCAACCUCUUCCCUCUCAGCAUCUCCAACAUCUUUCUCCCAUCGAACCUGCACAAUUCUAACAACACAUUAUAGAGCGCCAAAAUCUAGAAAACCGAAUAAAAUGGAAUCGACCUUAGACCUUGGAAUUCGACACCCAUGCGGCCUCCAUCGGUUGAAGCAGUUAAAGGCAUCAUCGGCAAAUGGGCCAGUGACAGAAGAAAGCGUGCAAUUAUCGGGCAAGUUCGAGACGAGACAUGUGUUCGAUGAUUUGAUUGAAGAGAAGGGAGAGAUACAGAUUGCCGCAAAGAGAAGGCGAGAAGAGAGAGCAGAGGCGGUGAAGGAUGAAGAGUGGCUGGCUAGUGAAGUCGAGAGCAAGAGAAGUGAGAGAAGGAGAAAGUAA